CACCGGACGACAUCGGCGCUGGCUGCACAUGCACAACCUAGGUACUCACUGAGCCACGGUGACGGUGGAACAUCCCGCCCCGUGUUGUGGCUUGACCAGUAAGUGCAUCGGGCUCCACUCGGCCGUUGCAGUUGAGGCUGGGAAGUGGUUACAGGAAGGUGCAACACGAAUCACGCUCGUGAGCCAAGCUAUCGACCUACCUAUCCAAACAAAGUGACGCGCCGAUCAAAGAACCUGCGAUCCGUGUUCCACUCGUCAACCAGACGUUCUUAUCUCGAAGACCCGCUGCGCGACCAUAACGCCCCCAAGUCGGAGCCGUUCCUAGUUCGCGGACCCUCCCAAUCGGCCGCGCAACUCUCCAGGCAGCUCUCGACCUCCCGGCACAUCCAUCACCACCGCCGCCUCGGGAAACCGCAUCACGCGCACCACCCCUGACUGAAGCAAAGAUGGCGUUCUUAAUACUGGUCAUCGGCGACUUGCACAUCCCAGACCGCGCCCUCGAUAUCCCGCCCAAGUUCAAGAAGCUCCUCGCCCCGGGAAAGAUCGGCCAGACCCUCUGCCUGGGCAACUUGACGGACAAGCACACGUACGAGUAUCUUCGCACCAUUGCCCCGGAUCUCAAGAUCGUCAAGGGCCGCUUCGACGUCGAGGCCACUAGCCUGCCCCUGACCCAGGUCGUCACUCACGGCUCCCUGCGCAUCGGCUUUCUCGAGGGCUUCACCCUAGUCUCAAACGAACCCGACCUGCUUCUUGCGGAGGCCAACAAGCUUGACGUCGAUGUCCUCUGCUGGGGCGGCACCCACAAGUUCGACGCCUUUGAAUACAUGGACAAGUUCUUCGUCAAUCCCGGUAGUGCCACGGGCGCCUUUACCGCGAGUUGGGGUAAAGACGGCGAGGAGCCUAUCCCGAGCUUCUGUUUGAUGGACGUACAAGGCAUCUCCCUCACUCUAUACGUUUAUCAACUACGGAAAGACGACAAGGGAAACGAGAACGUGGCGGUGGAAAAGGUGACAUACACGAAGCCCGUGGAGCCGUCUGCGGCGCCAUGAGACAAGAUGAGGGAGGGGCUGCGAUGAGGCGGAUGCUCGCAGAGGAGAGGAGCCAGCAAUCAACAGCUGGUUAUCAUGAUUCAAGACCACACGACACAGGGCAACGAAGAUCCAUUAUAAUAAUAUAAGUUUCAGCCGGCCGUUUCCCGUGGCUCUAUGCCCUCGUGCCUAUAUGCGCACAAAACCCAACAGCGUCUCCCUUGGUAUCCCAACAAAACCCACCCUGAAAGCUAAACCGGAAACAAAAACAGAAUCAAACAAAACGGAUGGUAUUGACGAAAGUGUCCAACUCCAGAAACACCAGUGUUCAUCAGUCAGUCAUGUGGUGGUCAUUACAGCAUCAUGCUCCGUCUCCUCAUCGAGACUUUCGACUUCUUAUCUUGAAAGUCACCGCUCUCGACGCUCUCGACGCUCUCGACGCUCUCGAAGCU